UGCAGACGUGUUCCUGUGCCAUUGGAGUGGAUCGGAGCCGUACCGUGCGGCGUAAGGGAAAAAAUAAUGGAUAGACGCGUGGUGGCGUUGUUCGAUCCAUCGAUGACGAAGAAAUUUCAAUUCACCCGCUACGCGUUGUGAUAAAUGAUCUGGAAAAUAUGCUGAAUUUGGAUCUUCUUCGUGUUAUUUAAGCCCUUUUUUCCUUAGUGUUUGGCUUUCAAAUCGAUAUUGAAGAUUUGGCGUUUGAUUUUGAUACUGCAUUUACGGUCGGAGAUAGUCAGUAGCUGUUUUGAAAGACUCUGGAGAUAUUCCGAGUUUGUCUGGCAAUAUUGUGUAGAGGUUUUAAGAUUCAGUCCUUUUGAAGGCGUGGAAUUGAUUUGAAGAUUUGGUUACUGUUUGACUCGGCAUUUUCCCGAAGAAUGUGAAGUAGAAAUUCUUGUAGGGAGUUCUAGCUUUUGUAAGCAUAUAAAUUUUCCAGAGACUGGCAACUUUAUUUACUCACAAUUCAACCAUUGCAACACAAUCACAGGGAACUUGCCAAAGUUAUGGUCUAAUAGCUUCCACAGGAAGAAAAUCCAAGGAAAUAUCAUGAGUUAUCUCAAUUCUGUCUUUUCUGUGAGGGAGACAAAACUUGACAAUGCUCCUGUCAGUGGUGGAGGCCUCAGUGAGAACCAGAAGUUCAGCUAUGGAUAUGCGAGCUCUCCAGGGAAAAGAUCUUCAAUGGAAGAUUUCUUUGAGACACAGAUUUGUGGAGUCGAUGGUCAGAUAAUUGGCUUAUUUGGAGUAUUUGAUGGCCAUGGAGGUGCACGAGCGGCAGAAUAUGUGAAACAGAACCUAUUUCUUAAUUUGAGAAAUCAUCCUAAAUUUAUCAGUGAUACUAAGUUGGCAAUAGCUGAUGCAUUCAAGCAAACAGAUUCAGAUUUUCUUAAGGCAGAAAAUAAUCAGCAUAGAGAUGCUGGCUCAACUGCAUCAACUGCUUUUCUUGUUGGAAACAGGUUGUUGGUAGCUAAUGUUGGUGACUCUCGAGCUGUCCUUUGCAGGUCUGGAAAAGCUUUCCCUCUUUCCAGAGACCAUAAACCCAAUCAAACUGAUGAACGACAGCGGAUAGAGGAAGCUGGAGGAUUCGUCAUGUGGGCUGGCACAUGGCGUGUCGGGGGUGUACUUGCUGUCUCACGGGCAUUUGGUGAUAGACUUUUGAAGCAGUAUGUUGUCGCUGAACCAGAAAUUCAGGAAGAGGUUGUAACUGAUGGUGUUGAAUUUCUGAUUCUUGCAAGCGAUGGCUUGUGGGAUGUUGUAUCGAAUCAGGAUGCAGUUGCUAUGAUACAAUCUAUUGAGGAUCCAGAGUAUGCUGCAAAAAGACUCACAGAAGAAGCAUAUCGGAAAGGAAGCGCAGAUAAUAUUACUUGUGUUGUUGUACGCUUUCAUCACAAAUAGUGGGAGGCAUUCUCCUCAUCAUUCUUGUGUGUUGCUAUGAAUUCAGAUUGCUAUUCUUUUCCAUUGUAUGUAUUAUUGCUUUAUCUCUGCAUGUAACAGUUGAAGCCGCCUUGUCCAUUUAAGAAUGGACAUCCUUUGUAAAUGAUUUGAUUAAUUUUGACGGUCAAGUAGGCAAUUUACCUAGCAUUUUUAAUGAAUUAGUUUAAUCAUUUCUCAAUAGUUGAGAGACUUGUCAGCAUACAAGUAUCUAAAGCAUUUCGCACUCUUGUAACCAUCGCCGUUAUUUAUUACACCAUUCAAAUAGGAAACAAUGGAUUGUUUCACCAGUACCUCAUUUGGGAAAAUAUUGGUUGUAUAAAGAAACUGAGUUUUCGCUGCUGAGCUCUGGGAAAAAUAUAACUCUUUUAUUGAACUUCUAUUAAUAAAAUGAAAAGGUGAGGGACCUUUUUGCUUA